CUGUCAUCCAUAUGUUUAAAGUACGGUGCAAGUGUUAUUUGUGUUAUUGCAAGAUUUCUCUUUGGCGGAUAUGUAAAAUUGAAAAGAAUCAUUUUUUUGUCUGGUGAAUAUGAAUAAUAUGUCAAUGUCGAAAAUAACUGUUCCAAGAAAUAUGUACAAAUGAUCCUUUUACGUGUAUAAAUAUUAAGAUUUCUAAAGACGAUCCUUCCCCAGAAAGCAUUUAAAAAAAUAGCAAAAAGAUUAUAUAGUGUUUUUGCUUUGCAAUUUAGUUUUUGUUUUCAUUAUUCGUUUAUUUGUAAAUUUCCAAUAUUUCAUAUGUGUAAAUAGAGAGGAAAAAAAUUAAAAUGAGUGAUGAUCCUCCUAUAUUACCUGUUGGAACAGCAGUUAGUGCGAAAUAUAAAGGUGCAUUUUGCGAGGCGAAAGUGAGCAGAGUAUUUCCUCAACUAAGAUACAGGGUUUCUUUCAAAGAACCCCAUACUGGAACCGAAACUCUUAAAGAGGAACAUAUUAAAGCAACUGGACCUAUUAGAACCGGUAGAACAGUGCUAGCAUGGCAUCCAGCUCAAAAAACGUUCUUAGAAGCACAAGUUACUAAAAUUCAAGAUCAAAGUCAAUACACUGUUGUAUUCGAUGAUGGAGACAUCACAACUUUGAGGAGAAAUUAUUUGUGUUUGAAGAGUGGAAGGCAUUUCAAUGAAAGUGAAACUUUAGACCAACUGCCGCUUACACAUCCAGAACAUUUUAGUAAUCCUGUGAUAGGAGGGAGAAGCAGAAGACGAAAUAGAAAUAGGGAAGAUGAUAGUGAAGGAGAGCAUGAAGAGGCUGAUCCAGAAAUGGAAGGUUAUCAUAGUGAAGUUGGAAGAGUUGUGUGGGGUGAAAAUUUGGAGAAGAAAAGAAACAAAGACUGGCCACCUGGACUCAUUAUGAUGCCUAAAAAUACAAAAAUUCUCAACACAAAAGAAGAAUUCUUGAUAAGGUCAUUUAAGGAUGAUCGAUUCUAUAAUGUUCCAAAAAAGGAUGUGAUCGAGUUUAGUAAAGAAGUUGGAGAGAAAUUGGAGAACAACAACACCCCCUUUUCUAUAGGAGUUCAAAAAGCUCUCAAAUACUUGAAUACCGGUGAACUUCCAGCAAAUUGGGAGAAGCAUUUUCAUUCAGAUCGUAUGGAAACAGAUGCAGAAUUGAAUUUUUCCGAUUCUUCAGAUGAUGAACCUUGCGAGGAGAAAGAUAGAUUUGUAGCUCAGCUUUUUAAGUUCCUAGAUGAGGCUGGAACUCCAUUAAAUAAGACGCCAACCAUAGCCGGUGAAGAUGUGGAUUUAUAUAGACUUUUCAGCGUAGUCAAUAAAUUAGGUGGUUAUAAUAAAGUUAAUAACCAUAACAAGUGGAAAGCUGUCACGGGAAAACUCAAAUAUGGCAACAGUCAGUCCAUCACUAAUCAAGUAAAAGCUGUUUAUAAGAAAUGUUUAUUGAGUUUUGAAACUUUCUACAAAACAUUGGGUGUUACUAUGUUGACUCAUUCAAAAUCUAGUAGAAAGAAUAAGGGGCGAUCUCUGAUAAGGGAUAAAGAUAGGGCAACACCCAUAAAUAGUCCGAAAACUGAAAAGGAGGAAGAAACGCCAGAACGUAAAGAAGAAGAAAAACCCCCAGAAGAUAAGAAAGCGCGCCCUUCUGAGAUAAAGGAUGAUAAGAAGAAAAAAGAAAUUCCAGAUGCGAGCGAGAGCAGUAGUGACAAUAAUGAUCAUAUGGAGCCCAGUACAAGCAGAGACCAAGGUAGACCAAAAAGGUACACCAAAGUAAAAUCUUGGGCAAAAGAAAAGAAGACUACGAAAGUUUCAACUACAGAAAAGUCUAAACCUCUGGGAGAAAAACCAGAAGAGCCGUCAAAGAAGGAUGAUGAAAAAGACAAGGGUCAGCAAACUAGAUCUAAGACGCAACUACCGAAAGUCAUCACACCUACCAUAGAGAAGAAAGUAGAAUCUAAAACUCCAACAAAAGAGAUCAAAGAGAAAGAUAAUAAAGACAUCAAAGAUAAAAAUUUAGUGAAAACAUUAAAAAAGGUCGAAGAUGAAAAAGACAAGACGAAGCGUCCUCGAAAGCGAUCGAAUAUUGAAACAGAAAAUGUCACCGAUGUUCCGGCAUCUUUUAAUAUAAGCAAAGGAGACAAGUUGAAAGUAUAUUACGGACCUUCGAUUGAAUCUAAAGUAACAUAUGAAGCUAAAGUUUUGGAUAUCGUCAGAGAUGGUCCCGAACCUUUCAUUCGAGUACAUUACACAGGAUGGAACAAUAGAUAUGAUGAAUGGAUCAAAAUGGAAAGGGUGGCAGAAAAUUUGAGCGCGACAACCAAAGCUAAAAAAAUUAAACAGGUCGUCAGCGGAAAUAGCAGUCCCGUUGCCAGCAAGAGUCCUUCCCUAACUUCGAAUAAGCAAAUAAAACGAAAGAGAGGUGUUUCAGACAGUAGAAGGCCCUCUAUUAAUGAAACGACUAGAUCAACUACCCCCCUGAGUUCCACAUCCAAUUCCAGCAGGCCGAAAACGCCAGCUACACCUGCUACCAGAUCUACCACUAGGAGCAUCACACAAGAACAAAAAAGAAUCAGAAGAACUUCAGUUCAAACAGACACAUCUGUUCAUACCGAUACAGAAUCACCAGCGAGUGAGAGCGAGGCAGAAGAACUGAGUCGAACUAGAAGCGGUGGAAAAAGUGACGAGACAGAACUCAAAGUGUACAAGAAAAAAAUUAUACGAACCGCUAUACUGCAUAGAUCACCAAAGAUCAGGGAAGAAGAUGAUGAUACCGAAAAAGAAGAAGAUCAGAUAGUGAAAGAAAGAAUUGUGAAAAGAACAAGGAAGAUUAAAAGAACUCCCGAAAAGUCCAAUGAUGAUAGUGACGACGAGAGUGGCAGUCUUCCGAAAGGACGUGAUUUUGAUCUUAACCAGAUUAGAUCUGAAUUGAAAGGAUUUUCUAAAGCACUACCACUAAAUUCUAUUGAUAGUGCAGACAAAGACAGUUCCUCUGAUGACUCAGCUAAGCCUUUGGACAUAGAUGUGCAUGUAACUGCAGAAGAAGAGGAAGAAGAAAAGGAAUUGAAAAAAACCGAAGAAAAAGACAUGAAGCCAUUGGAAGAAACUUCUAGCUGCGAAGAUAUAUACGAAUUCAAAGAACCGGAGCCGUUUGAAUUCGAAUCUAGGUCCAGUUUGGGCGAAGAUAAGAGUAAGAAACGGUUAAAUCGCUUUUAUGAAGAUUUGGAUAAAUCACCUUCCAAAGGAACGUCUAAAGUUCCGAGGUUGGAGACAAAUUAUGAAACCGAUAAGAAGACUUUCAGGUCUCCAGUUAAAAUAAUAGAUUUCGAUGAAGAUGGUGGUAUAGAUUCUAAACCUAAAAAAGAAUCUGGAGAUCUCUUUGAUAAGUUGGUGGAAUCACCUAGUUUCAAUAUUGUCAAAACUGCUGAAAAACAAGUCGAAGUUAUUCCAAAGCUAGAAGUUGAGGAAUCGAUUGAAAUAAUUGCAGAACAACCUGAGAUCGCAGAUGAUUGUAGUGGCGAUAUGGAAUUAUCCGAUACCGAAUCUCAAACUCAACCUAUCUUUACUGUUCAAAGCGAGGAAGUUUUUUCAGAUGCUUUCACCAAAUCAUCAUCAGAACAAAAUACGUUAGACUUGGAAUUUUGCAAAUCUGAAGAUAGGAAUGUGGAUGAAGAAAUACAGGCAUCGAUUCAACGAGUAAUUGAACAAACAUCGACUGACGAUGAUACGCAAGAUGCUUUGUUACAAGUAACAUUGCCAGUAACAACUUAUCAAGUUAUUAAACAUGAACAGGCGAAGUCCCCUCUUAUAUCACCAAAAGUGGUGAAUGUUAUUGAAGAAACAGUUAGUACUGAGAAAAAUAUUGAAAUUGUAGAAAAAUCUGCGUUUAGUAUGAUUAAACAGCUAACUCCAGUUGUACACAGUAUUGUAAAAGAGAGUUCUAACACGACCGAAAUUGUGGGCAAUCUUGUAGUUAGUACUUCCCCUAUUCCUAUUCAAUUGGAGGAUGAUAUUGAACUGAAAGCAGCUGAAAUAUCUUUAUCGCAAAAUCUUGAGGAUUCCAAGGAUAUAGAAAUGAUAAUAGUUGAAGAUGAAGUUAAGGACGAAAUAAAAAUAGAAAAAAUCGACGAUGACAAAAUUGAGGUGGUUGAUGUUCAUCAAGAAAUCACUGAGAGCUGCAGUAUCGAACCAGAUCAUUUGAUAGUGAUUGAAAAUGACCAGGAGACCAUUGAAAUCAAGGUGGACACUGAAGAAUCAGAAACUGCGGAUGAUUCUCAAAACCUUAUUGUAGUGUCUCCUAAAGAGGAGGUUAUACCAGAAUCUAAAAAGAGAAGGAAGGUUAUCAGCCGGCCGUUUAUUGAAUCUGAUACCGACUCCACGGAUUCAGACAACCUUAUCAUAGCUCGAUCGGAUGACGAGUCACAGUCUAACUCUACUCUAGAGAAGGAAAUGAAGGAUAAUUGGGACAGCAAUAUGUCGACAACAGAAGUGCCUACCAAUACGACGGAUGAUUCACAGACAGAAGACCAAAGGAACUUCAAAUUCGAGGAAUCGGUAGAAACCGAGAAUAAACAAGAAAAACAGAACGAAGAGGCCGAAACUAAAAGCAUUUCAGAACAUGUUGAUAUCGAGGAUGAACAAAAACAAGAAAAUGAUUCACAGCUUCAUUCAAUGUUAUUGUGCGAAGAAACUAUUCCAAGAAGUCCUGCACCUCCGACUGAGACAAAUGUUGAAGAACCUGUGCGACGCAGUAAAUCUGCAUUGGAAAUGCCGUUUGCCAGUGUACCAGGAAGCAGCAAUAACAAAAGUAUGCUCUUAAAUCCAAAUCCUGCGAAGUUACACCAACAAACAACUUUGAUGAUGCAGAUUGAAACUGAGAAUGAAGGCAACGCUUCACCUCUCAGUUCUGCGGAAAGCACGCUCAGCAAUUUGUCUCCGAGGGGUAAUAAUGGCGGAUUAUCACCUUAUUCCCAAAAUAAUGACAAUAGCAACACAAGAACUGAGUUUCAAGAGAAAAGAACCAAUUCAAACAAAAUGUCCGCAUACAGUGAUGAGGAUAGCCAAUUGGUAUGUGAAUCAUCGUCAUCACAAAAAAAGAAUAUUAAAGAUGAUAGGCCAUCAACCUCCACAGGAAGGAAGAGUAGAAGAUCUUACCAAUCAAAUGAUCAGUCUGUUCCUGCUAAAAAAGGUAGGAAAUCAGGCAAUAGAUCUGGUCAUAACAGUGAUAGUGAAGAAAAUGCAUCAGUCAAUUCCCCCAAGGGUAAGGCUAAACAUAAUUCAGGAAAGUGGCCGGAAAGACCAGUGAAAUAUGAUUUUCGAGUGAAUCUCGAUGGAAUUACUGACAGAACCGAAAGAAUAAAUCUAGUACUAAACUCAAUGACAAGUCUUAGAAAAACAUAUGCCGAUCUUAAAGCAGAAUUGGCUGAUUUAGAUAGGAGGAGAAAGAAGAUUAAGAGAAGGAAAAGAGAAGGUAGGGAGAGAAAACGGAAAGAAAGAAGAGAUAAACGUGAUUCUACUCCUCUCUGAUCCCUUCAAACUUUCAUGACUCGCAUUUAGUUCUUUGAGACAAGCAGUAUCCUGUACAUAAAAUGGAAUUCAUCAUCGAUUGGAUAAGAUCAACAAUCAAGUCAAUUUCUUCUAAGCUUUUUUUACGAUUGAUAAAAAUGUGUUGCUAUUAUUUGAUGUCGUCUAACGAGGAAUUUUUUCCAGAUUCGAUUACAUUUUCAUGUAAGUUAUUGAAAAUAAAACAUAUGAUGUAAUUGGAAGGACCUUGAUCGGCAUCUUUUGUAUAUAAAGUACACUUUGAAUAUUUGUUAUUGAUAAUUUAGUUAUUUAUUCAAAUGUUUGCAAUAUUUUACUCUGAAUUGUCUAAUAUCUUUUUAGAUUUAGAUGACAGUAAUUUUAAUUGAAUAUUUCUGUUGAUGAUUUUGUGAUCAUUGUUUAUUAAUAUGAAAUGAAAAUUAGAUGAAGCGCUCGAUUAUUUCUAUAAGUAAAUUGUUUUACUCCUUAUUAAUAUCAAAAUAUAUUAGAUUUAAAAGAAUAAAGUUUCUGAAAGU